AUGGCACCCGACGAUAUCCUAAACACGUUCAUCUUGAUAAUAGUCGGGAUACUUAUCGUGUCAUUGACGGUAGCGAUAGUUUGGUGUAUUCUUGGGAAAAGCGUGUUAUUUCUAUUUAAUAAUUGUGUUAUGCCGAUGCGUGAGUCGUGGAAAACGAAACGACAGGUUUCGCCUGAUAGACUAAGACGAGGAGUUUUGCCCUCUACUAAUAAUCAUAAUGCUCGUGCUAAUCAUAAUAUUUCAAUGACAUCUACAACACCAACAAUAAUCAGGAUGCCAGUGCCAGCACAUCAUCACCACAAUCAGUUUUAUGAUAGUCUUGGCAACAAUAGUGAUAAAUCAGGACCGAUAAUAAGAGUGCUGUCAUAA